AUGGGACGCAGCUUCAACGCCAACGCCGACGUCGACGUCGACGCCGCUGCUGAUGUGGGCAGCGGGCGUGAUCUGUUCAAGAAGUUCUUGUUGUGGCGUGGUUUGUUCCCGCAGCAGCCGGCCAGAGACAAUGUAAUUGUCAUUUCACCAACAACAACGACAACAACCACAACAACCACCAUCACGAGGCCCAACAACACGAGGCCGGGCGGACGCUGGCCUCCACGUGGCAGGGCGGAUGUCCUUGAGGAUCUGCCGGUGCCCACAAUGCCCACGAGCCUCAUGCUCGACAACAAUCGCGUCCAACGCGUCACCAAGAAUCGUCGUAGACAAAGGCCAAACUUCAACUCCAAUUCCAAUGCCAACUCCAAUUCGAAUGGCAAUCCAAGUUUUGUCAAGUUGCACAAAGGCGACGACGAUGAGGAUGAAAAUGAGAAUGAGAACGAGAAUGAGAAUGAGGAACAGCACAAGGACGACAAGAACCUGCCGAUUCUAAGUUUUUGUAAAAGCUUUUUGGGGGCUAAAGCAGGAGUUGAAGCCAGAUCGUCACUGGCAUGA